AUGGCCUCCAGAGUCAUCAGCGCAGCGAAGCUUCUCAGCAAGCGAUCACACGUCAUUCCAGGCCAAUUCUUAGUCUCGGAACUAUUUUUCGAGGUCCCUAAAGACUACAACAACCAGUCGGCGGGUGUUCUGCAGUUGUUCGGCAAAACCGUCACCAAGCAUGAGAGACCCAUCGUCCCUCCCAGCCAGACCGAGAAGACGCAGGCCGAGCAGAAGCCAUGGCUAGUAUUCUUACAGGGAGGGCCCGGCUUUGGCAAUCCCGAGCCCCAGGACAGUCCAGUCACCCGCACAGCCUUGGACCGCGGUUAUCAGGUUCUCUUUCUCGACUAUCGUGGAGUUGGGCUUAGCUCGCCUGUCUCUGCUGCCACAUUGGCUCUCCAAGGCAACGCUCAGAAACAGGCUGAUCAUCUUAAGCUGCUCCGUCAGGACAACAUUGUCAAUGACCUAGAAGCUGUCAGAGCAUGUCUUACCAGCGAGUUUCCGGAAGAGAAGAAGAAGUGGUCUCUUUUUGGUCAGUCCUUUGGAGGCUUCGUCUCCCUGACUUACCUCUCCAAAUUUCCCCAGGGCCUGCGAGAGGUCUUUCUGACGGGCGGUCUUGCACCUCUUGGCAAGAGGCCCGAGCAAGUGUACGAGGCAACUUUCAAGAAGGUCAUGGAGAGAAACAAGGCCUACUACGAGAAAUACCCCGAGGACGUCGAGUCCGUCCUUCAAGUGGCCCGUUUCAUACGAGAAAACAAACGGAUUGACCUUCCUGGCGGCGGAUACAUGACCAUCCCAAGGCUGCUCACUCUGGGGAUCGCCUUUGGUGCUCACGGUGGCCUUGACUCUGUCCACUUGACCAUAUUCAAGUUAAAAACGGACCUUGAUCAGUUUGGCUUUUUUACGCGUGCUUCUCUCGCCGAAUUUGAGCAAGCCACCUCCUUUGACAGUAACAUCAUCUACGCCAUCUUACACGAGGCCAUCUACACCGAGAAGCCAGGCGUUGCAUCCAACUGGGCUGCUUAUCGAGUCGGCAAGGCUCUAGAGGAGUUUUCUUGGUUGGAAAAAGAGCCCACCAUCUCCGGAGACACGGCCGCUCCUCUCUACUUUUCGGGCGAGAUGAUAUUCCCGCUUCACUUCGAGACAUAUCCGGAACUGAUUCAACUGCGCGAAGCUGCCGAAAUCCUCGCCAAGUUUGACGAGUGGCCCGAGCUAUACGACCAUGAGCAGUUACGAAAGAACACGGUUCCAGUGUACGCUGCUAGCUACAUAGACGACAUGUAUGUCGACAUUUCUUACGCCAGGGAAACCGCGGCCCUCGUGAGAGGUACCAAGGUUUACGAGACAAACCAACUAUAUCAUUCGGCGCUGCGUGGCAGGACGGGGGACGUUAUGCGGGAGCUUUUUAGGCUGAGGGACGACCCUAUUGAUUAG